ACAUGAUUGACCGUUUGGUUCUGUGGACUAUUGAAACCGGUCUGAUAACCAGUACUUGUCAUAAGCUUCUUUCUAGCAAUGAAGCAGAAUUACAUAUGGGUUGGAUUAUAUGCAAUCCUUGCGAGCGUGAAUGGAAACUCGUUGCUGGCAUCGCUAAAUGGCAGAUUAAUCUUUCGAAGCUUUACGAACAAAAACUUACGCAUGAGCACUCUGAGUGGUCCAGGUGGUGGACAUAAUAAACAACAUGUUCGUAAAUGUAUUAUCUUGCAAUGCAGUGUACUGAAGUCAUGCGAAGCCUUUUGUGAUCAAUGUCACCCAGACAGUCAGAGGUUCUCCAGAGGUUUUCAAACGCGGUGAGAUGGAGGUUUAGGUGUCCGAGAAACCGCUAGAUACAAUAAUGGUGGCUCAUGCGUAACGCGAUGAAGUUACUCAUCUGGUAAAAACCGAAACCCUUCUGAAAGCACAAGACUUCAGUACUCAAAUCUCCAGACCGAAAAGCUGACCCGUAAUUGCUCGAUAAGCGUGCGCUGUAACGUAUACAGGCAUCGUGUCAUGGC